AUGCAGGUGGAGCAGAGUCCUCCAACCCUGAGUCUCCAGGAGGGAACAAACUUCACUCUGACCUGCAAAUUUUCUACCACCGUGAGAAGUGUGCAGUGGUUCCGACAGAAGCCGGGGGGCAGCUUGGUCUCCCUGUCUUACACAGCUUCAGAGACAAAGAAGCAGGAGGGAAGGUUAACCACGUCAUUGAAUUUUAAAAAAGAUAGCACCUUGGACAUCACCGGCUCCCAGCUGGACGACUCAGGCACCUACCUGUGGCUCAGCCAGGGCGAGAAAGUGGAGCAGAAGCUUUCCACCCUGAGCGUCCAGGAGGGGAGCAGCGCUGUCCUCAACUGCACCUAUUCAGACAGCACCUCAGAUUACUUCCCCUGGUACAAGCAAGAACCUGGAAAAGAAGCCAACAGAAGGGAGCAGAGCCUGGGCUCUCUGAGUGUCCGGGAGGGAACUGUUAUCUCUCUACACUGCACUUACAGUGACCUUGCUUCUCAGUACUUCUUGUGGUAUAGACAGUAUUCUGGGAAAGGCCUCGACUUGCGGAUCUACAGACUGGACCAAGUCAACCAGAGCUCCUCCCUGCUGAGGAGUGUCUGAGACGUCCGGCACAGCAACUCAGCCUCCUACCUCUGUGCAGCGAGCAGUCUCUGGUGCUUCCCUUGCUACCUGCACCAACACCAAACCUGCUGGGGCCCAGCAAUGCCUCGGGAGAACUUGGGCUGCAGGGCAGAGAAAUCUCACUCUUCAGAUGAAAACAGCAUUAACAGUGAUAGGAUGCGGGGUUCGACUGAUUAG